GUCAUCUCCUGUACUGUGUCCGCAGUCUCCGGUCAUCUCCUGUACUGUGUCCGCAGUCUCCGGUCAUCUCCUGUACUGUGUCCGCAGUCUCCGGUCAUCUCCUGUACUGUGUCCGCAGUCUCUGGUCAUCUCCUGUACUGUGUCCACAGUCUCCGGUCAUCUCCUGUACUGUGUCCGCAGUCUCUGGUCAUCUCCUGUACUGUGUCCGCAGUCUCUGGUCAUCUCCUGUACUGUGUCCACAGUCUCCGGUCAUCUCCUGUACUAUGGCCGCAGUCUCUGGUCAUCUCCUGUAGUAUGUCCGCAGUCUCUGGUCAUCUCCUGUACUAUGUCCACAGUCUCUGGUCAUCUCCUGUAUGUCCGCAGUCUCUGGUUAUUUCCUGUACUAUGUCCGCAGUCUCUGGUCAUCUCCUGUACUAUGUCCUCAGUCUCUGGUCAUCUCCUGUACUAUGUCUGCAGUCUCUGGUCAUCUCCUGUACUGUGUCUGCAGUCCUUUGGUUCAGAAUAUUUUUUUUCUUGUUUUCCUCCUCU